AGAACAAAAACAAGAACGUCAACAAAAUCGGGACUUAGGGAGAUGGAAUUUGUCGUCGUCUGAAGAUGUGUUUGUUUAACCGCUGAGAUCAAUGAUGGAUCAGCCCAUCACUGAAAUACGUUUGAAGUUUGAAAGAAGGAUCGCAGAUUAUGAGGCUGAAAUCUUACGUCUAAAGGAGGAAAAUUCUCGUCAGAAGAAACUACUGGACGUCAUUUAUAAGCCUGAAGUACGGAUAUACAAAUCAGACCUCCAGCUGUUCUUUGUUUCUGAAGAUAAGAUUCCCUCUGUGAAGCAGGAGUGGAGCCCCAGUCUGGACCAGGGGGAGCCAGAGCCCCUACACAUUAAAGAGGAAGAGGAGGAACUCUGGAGCAGUCAGGAGGAAGAGCAGCUUGAAGGACUGGAGGAGAAGGUUGACAUUACCGAGCUGUCAUUUCCUCAUGUCCCUGUGAGGAGAGAAAAUGAUGAAGAGAAAGCUCAAUCCUCUGUGUCAUCAAGGCCAAACUGAAGAGAAAAGGGAGACAGAGCCUCCAGCCAGCACCUCAACUGAGCAGAUGAAACCAGAAAGUGAUGGAGAAUACUUUGGACCAAUAGAACCAGCCAGUAACCUCAAUCAAGAUGGUGAUUUACAACCAACUGGUGAUGGAUAUCUCUCUUCAGACUGUUGUGAAAGUGAGAUUGAAGACAAUGAUGAUGAUGAGAACAAGACUAGAGAACCUCACUCAGGUUUGGACACAACAGAGAACAAUGAAAUCAGUAAUGAGCGAUCUGCUGAGAAUAAACCCUUCAGUUGCUCAGUCUGUGGUAAAGGGUUUUCUAAAAGAGGAUAUAUGAAGAAACAUAUGAUAAUGCAUACAGGAGAGAAACAUUUCAGUUGCUCAGUCUGUGGUAAAGUGUUUUCUCAAAGAGGAAGUAUGCAGUCACACAUGAGAAUACAUACAGGAGACAAACCCUUCAGUUGCUCAGUGUGUGGUAAAGGGUUUUCUGAAAAAGGAAACAUGCAGAGACACAUGAUAAUACAUACAGGCGAUAAACCUUUCAGUUGCCCAGUCUGUGUUAAAGGAUUUUCUCAAAGAGGACAUAUGCAGUCACACAUGAGAAUACAUACAGGAGACAAACCCUUCAGUUGCUCAGUCUGUGGUAAAGGGUUUUCUCAAACAGGAAACAUGCAGAGACACACCAGAAUACAUACAGGAGAUAAACCCUUCAGUUGCUCAGUGUGUGGUAAAAGGUUUUCUGAAAGAGGAAACCUGCAGAGACACACCAGAAUACAUACAGAUGUGAUGGGAAUAGGAAGGGAGUUAGGGGCUUUUAAGUAUUAAUAAUUCUGUACAAUUUUUUCAAAAUCUGAAUAUGAUCACACUAGUAGGCAUGGUUUCCAUUAAAAGAAAAAUUAAGAUUUAUUGUCUCAGAUGCAUCUGUAUCUCAAUUUAUAUAUUCAAUAUAUAUAUUCAACUUGGGACCUCAAUGACGACACAUUAAGUAUUGUCUUGAGCUGCCAGCAGAUAACCUACCUGCUAAAGAGACUGACGUGUCUGAGUAUUUCCCCUGCCAUCCUCUGCAGCUUUUACAUCUGCCAUAUUGGGAGUCUCCUUAAUUUCUGUUUCCUGGCCUGGUAUGUUUGAUUUGGUUUAGAAUGGUGAAUAACAAUAAACAUUUUAUACAUGUACAUGAAUACAUUUUCUUGUUGUUCACUUUGGUUUUUAACAUUUUCAAGCAUUUCUACAUUUGUGGGGGGGUUUUAAAGACUUUUUUU